GUAACAGGACUGAUGUUCGACCGCGACUUCGGGCCAAGAUCGAGACUUCAGAGAACCGUUCCCGGAAGUGCUUCGAGUCCCGAAGAGCCCGAGCCCCGUCCCGAGGCCUGGGGGAAACGGUGUGGAAAAGCGCGGCGGCCACGUCCUCCCCAGGAAGGGAGCUGCGGCUGCUGCGGAAGUCCGGACGUUUCGCGCGCGUCCCCGGAUGUGGUGGGUCGGUGGGCAGGGCCUCGGACGCGGCCAUCAAUCGGAAGCUGCGCGCUCCCCGCAGAGGCUUUCGGCUCCGUCACCGUCCCCACGACCCCCGUCAUGGAGCUGACCCCGCUGACGUCGCUACUGAGGGGCCACCGCGUGGUGCUGGCGAGCACGUCUCCGCGGAGGAGGGACAUCCUAGAACUCGCGGGUCUAAAGUUUGACGUCAUCCCGUCCCGGUUCGAGGAGGUGCGCGUGACGUCAUCGCGCUGCCCGGGCUCCUUCGCCCUGGAGAUGGCGACUGGGAAGGCAAUGGAAGUUGCGCACCGUAUGUGCCCGGCGGACCAGCUGGAACCUGUCGUGGUCAUUGGUGCGGACACAGUGGUGGCCGUGGAUGGUCGGAUACUGGGGAAACCUUCGGACCAAGAGGAAGCUUUUUGGAUGUUGAGCAGUCUGAGUGGGAAGGAGCAUGGUGUGUUCACAGGAGUGGCCUUGGUGACAUGGUCAGGUCGUGACCUGGAACCGAAAGUGCGUGGCUUCUUUGAGGAGACUCGAGUCACUUUCUCGAGACUGUCUGAGGCAUUGAUUCGGGAGUAUGUGGACACCGGGGAGCCCAUGAUUCCCCCUCAACCGCUUCUGCCGGGAACUUCAGGGGAUGCUGACAGGAAACAACCACUUGGAGACAGGAAACAUGUGAGACACGUGAAACAGGUGAUCGGACACAGGAAACAGCAGGUUAGAGACAGGAAACAGCCUCUCAGAGACAGGAAGUCGGGAUGGUUGGAGGCUCCGCAUCUCCUGAGUUUCAGUAUGUGGCAACACUGCCCUUUCCUAACCUUGAUGUCACCCCCUGGUCCCCUUCAGGAAUAGUCUUUCAGGACAUUUCCUGUCAGGAGACUGCCAUCAUGAAUUCCCACACCCACUGCCGUGCUUCCCAGGCUGACCCAUGACUUCUUCCGGGUCGAAGGAGACAAUUUCCCAUGCUGCCCACUUGUCCUGAGAGGUGGGACGUUUUGGGGUGGAGCCGGGCAAUAAAGAGUCGGGUUUGAGAAAUCGUA